AAACAAAAAAAAGUUAUCUGUCAUUUCGUUAACAUUCGUUACUACACUUUCUGUCUACAUCAGUCCAUUGAGUCCAUUAGUCUACAUUAGUAAAUGAGUAGAUAGUGGAGGUUUAUAUUUUGCAAAUUGUUUGUCAUUGUGUAUAGUUCUGUUAAUAUUUGUGUUUGUUUAAAUAAUUGGUGAACAUGUUGUUGGAACUGUGUCUAAACCUAGUGGAGGAGCAAAAGUACACGCGUUUUAUGACAUUUUCAACAAUGAUAUGGACUAUUAAUAAGUGCAAUCUAUGACAUAACACAAAAUACUCAUAUUCAAAUCAUAAAAAAAAUAAAAUAUAAUUUCAAUAGAUAAAUGGCAAACUCUUUAAAACGCAACCGUUCUCGUAGACGUAUAGCUGCAAUCACAUUCUUGUCAAACAUAUCAUUGGAUGGCAGUUACAGAGACACUCGACUCUCUCUGUUGCCAAGGAAUGGUGCAAUCACAAAGAAUGACCCCCUAUCUCUUUGCAAAGUUGAAGACACUCUUCUUGAGGAGUCUGAUGAGCCAGAUGAUUGUUUUAGCGAUGCAGAACAUUUGAACAGAAAUCGUCAAUUGCAUAAGACAGGCAAAAUUGAUACUCACUCAUUGAGCUCUGACAGUGAAAGCAUUUUAACACCAAUAAAGAAUUUUGAGGAGCGCCAUUCAAAGGAUCGCAGCACAGUAGAUGAUAAAAAGUUCACCUCCAAAAUUAAGAAGAAAUUUACUUAUCAGACAUCAUUAGGCAGUGACACUGAGAGACAUCAUUAUGGAAGUAGCAAUGAGAGUAUUGGUCCAAUCUGUGGGAGAAAGAAAACUAGUCCUGCACCACCUAUUAUUCCUGAAGAUGUUACACACAAGGAGGUUAAAUUCAUGAAACCCUCAAAAAAUGCAAAAUUCAAAGGAGAACGAUUGGUUAUGGUAACUACAAAACAUGUUCCAUUCUUUGUAUGUUCAUUUAUACCAUACUCCAGGCAGAGAUAUAACAGGAAAAGAAAUGUAUCUGGACCUAGGCCAUUGUCUGUAUUGGGAGAUGGAUUAGAUCCAUUUGAUAUGCUUGGAAUUGAGAAAGGAAGAGAUGGACAGGAGGUAUCAUAUGGGAAAUUGUUGGUGCCCACUAAUAAGAACAAAGAUCGACGAGGGAACACUAUCGACGACCCGCAUGAUCUUGCUGCGAAGCGUUAUAACAGUAGAGGUCAUCAUAUUGUUGCCAGGACUAAAAUCAUUACAUGGCAGCCUGGCUAUAAAUGGUGUUUCUCAUAUGAUCAAGGAUCACAAAGAGCAUCUGCUCACAUGAUGGCUACAUCGCCACCGUCGGAUUCUUUUAAAGAGGACAAACUUCACCACCACAGCUCAUUAGUAUAUCAUCCAAAUUUGCUCGACGAUCCAGAAUUGAUUGCCGGAAAACAUCGUACAUUAUUGACUUUUACCUCCUACAUGACCUCCGUCAUUGACUAUGUGCGACCGACAGAUUUGAAGAAGGAAAUCAACGACAAGUUCAGAGAAAAAUUUCCCCACAUUCAGCUAACCUUGAGUAAACUAAGAAGUUUGAAGCGAGAGAUGCGCAAGAUCGUAAAGGUAGAAAUUGGAGUCGAUUUGUUGACUGUAGCUCAAGCGUAUGUCUAUUUUGAGAAGCUGAUCCUUCUAGGACUUAUAAACAAAGCGAAUCGGAAGUUGUGCGCUGCUGCUAGUUUGUUAUUAUCCGCCAAGCUGAAUGAUAUUAAAGGCGACUCAUUGAAAGCACUCAUCGAACGAUCAGAAAAUGUUUUCCGUUUAAACCGGAAAGAACUGAUGUCCGCCGAAUUUGCGGUGCUCGUCGCACUCGAAUUCGGUCUGCACGUGCCCACCUACGAAGUUUUCCCACAUUAUCAAAGGCUCAUUUACGAGUCCUAAAAUUUUAUUCAAAAUUCCCUGUUAAUUUAGAUUUAUAGGUUGUAUAUA